AGGGACUAGAGAAAGUAGAUGCUACUUGCAGCAAUGGACAAGUAGCUCCUCUAAGAGCUAGAGAUUUAUUUUGCAGCCAAGGUGUUUGUCACACACACCCAAAAGGGCUGCUGAGGUGAUGGGAGCCGAAGACAAAGAAGAGGUGCUUGUAACUCUCUCUGGAGGAGGCCCCUGGGGCUUCCGCUUACAGGGAGGCUCUGAACAAGACAGACCCCUCCAAGUAUCCAAGAUUCGCAAGAGAAGUAAAGCGUGUCGUGGAGGCCUAAGGGAAAACGAUGAACUUCUCUCUGUUAAUGGAAAGCCAUGUGCUGGCCUCUCCCAUGCCACCACCAUGCAGAUCAUCGAUUCUUCCAGUAAUACCCUCAGCAUUGUUGUUAAAAGGGCAACGACCAGAGACCCGUCUGGGCCAAGUUUACUGCGCUCCCCUUCUCCGAAGCAAUUGCAAGCUGCCUCGCUUGCUUCUCCACUAAACCGAGCCUCCCAGGGACCCAGUUCUGAAACAGGGGAGCCCCAAAGUGCCCCAGAAGCUGAGCAGUUCCAGCGGCGGCAGCUCCUGGAGAACCUGACCUCCCCACCGGACAGUGAAGCAUAUUAUGCUGAGACAGACAGUGAUGCUGAUAACAUGGCCCAAGAAAAGCAUCGGAGAGCUCGCAAGAAGACUCCCCGCUCCCCCCCGGGGGGACCAAAUAACAAAGUGGGUGAGCCACAGGAUGAAGUCUCUGAGCAGAGUGGCUACGACAGCACACCUGAAGUGGUGGCACCAGGUGGAGAAGGAGAAGGGCUUGGUGGAGUGGCUAAGAGGGAGAUUGUAUUUCGCCCAGAAAAUCAGACUGACGCACCUUUCUCAGAGAGUGAAGUUUUGUUACACCCAUCCUUAGCUGAAGAGAUGGCGGUUCCCCAAGAAGCUAUGCUCCUUCCACAUGCAACUAGGACAAUUCGAGCGGAGCGCCACUUGAUCCCCAUGAUAGGUCCUGUGGAGCACCCUGUCGAUGAAGAUCUGACUACCAGCUACGCAGAGAAAGCGAAACAAGCCAAGCUUAAUCGGGGUGACAGCAUGCAAGAAAAAAACAUGAAGGAAGCCAAAACCAAAUGCAGAACCAUUGCGUCUCUCUUGACAGAUGCCCCCAACCCCCACUCCAAGGGAGUUCUGAUGUUUAAAAAACGCAGACAGAGAGCUAAGAAAUAUACCCUAGUCAGUUUUGGGAGUGUGGAAGAAGACCGCUGCUAUGACGAAGAGGAUGGAGUCUUCCCAACGAGCGAGUCAGAAUUUGAUGAAGAAGGCUUUUCUGACGCUCGAAGUUUAACCGACCACUCAGAUGGAGGCAACGCCUACCUUGACAUUGAGAAGCCCAAAGGCCCUCCUGCGCAGGAGCAGGCCCAGCUACAGCAAGGGCUGAGUGAAGCCUCCGGGAGAGGAGCACAAUUAUUUGAGCAGCAGAGGCAGAAAACUGAGAAGCAGACCUUGGAAAACACGUCUGCCCAGAAACCAGAGGCAGAGCUCCCAAAUUCAACCAUUCAGCCGACACGCAGCAUAAUGAGUAUUGAAGCACCGAUGCCGUGGAAGGCGGAAAAGACUCCUCUCAGUGUCCAUUUAGAAUCUGCACCAGUUUCAAGUGAGCUGCCACCCCCUACUCCUGCUCAGCUCCAGUCUCCCUCCGUUAUCUUUGGAGAGGGAGCCCAGAUAUCUUCAAAUACCUCAGGCAUCUUCAAUAGGUCCGCUCGGCCUUUCACUCCUGGCUUUUCUGGGCAACGUCCCAUGACGUCAUCGGUUAUGUUUAGACCUUUAGUGCUUAAAAAAAGUAGUGAGAGGAUAGGUGACCAAAGAACAGCUGCCCCUCCUGUUGCCCCUCUUUUUUCAGGGACGGUCCUUCCUGCCCCUCCAUCAUCAGAGCAAUCUAGAGGCACAGCAAGCGCAUCUGUGUCUCUCUAUAUCCCAACUACACCAUCAUCAGUACAGGCAGCAGCAGAUGCAAAAUUAGCAGAAGCUAAGUCACCUUCCAGAGCAGGUAGAACCUCCACUGCUUCGAUAUUUCUCUCGUCCUCUUCUAGACCAGCUGCGGAUGCAGCCAUAGCUACAUCUACCACGUUAGCUUCUCCACAAACCCAGGGUUUUGCAUCUUCUCCUUUUUACGUUAGCCCAGUUUCACAGCCCCUCAAUCAGCCACCAACCCAGCAAUUCACCGGUAACGUCUCUGCUAUUCCACGGCCUGCUUCUGAGCCUUUGGCUUCCAGGGAGCAGAGGGUUGCCGUUCCAGCUCCCAGAACAGGUAUCUUGCAGGAGGCCCGCCGCCGAAGCAGUAAGAAGCCCAUGUUCAAAUCUGUAGAAGAGAAGAAAAAGAAUUCCCCAAAUCCAGAGUUAUUGUCCCUUGUGCAGAAUCUGGAUGAAAAACCCAAAGGGGACCACCAAGGAGCAGGAUUUGAAUCAGGCCCUGAGGAAGAUGUUCUCAGUCUGGGAGCAGAAGCCUGCAACUUCAUGCAGUUCUCAGGCCGGAAGUUCAAGACCCCACCUCCAGUCGCCCCUAAGCCUCAGCAAUCAGGCACCCCUAAUGGAAUGGUGAACGGCCCAUCUCCUGCGCGUGACCUGCCUCAUUUGAAGGGGAAAGGGGCGGAGCUUUUCGCUAAGCGGCAGAGCCGAAUGGAUAAGUUUGUGGUGGAGGCUGUACCAACAUCGAAGCCAAGAACUCCAUCUCCUGCCCCUUCUCUUCCCUCUUCCUGGAAGUAUUCACCCAAUAUCCGUGCCCCACCUCCCAUAGCUUACAACCCAUUACAUUCCCCAUUUUACCCACUGGCAGCUAGCAAAUCCCAGGCCGCCAAGGCAGAGAGCAAAGUUAAGAAAGCGCCAAGCCACAAAUCAGGGAUCAAAGUCAUUGACUUCCUCAGACAUCAACCCUACCAACUAAAUUCGGCCAUGUUCUGUUUUGGGGAGACUCCAAACACUGGUGUCCAGACCCCUACAAGCCCAACAGUUCAACAGUCCAGCUUGUCUUUCACACCGGCCAAGCAAGCCCCUGUGAAAACAACCAGGACCUAUGAAAUCCGUCGUUUUUCCACCCCUGUCCCAAUGCCAAUUUCGAGUGGUAUGGCUCCCACAGUGUUAGCUCCUCGUUCUGCCACAACAUUGGAUGAACCAGUUUGGAGAGCAGAAGUGACCUCUACUUCUGAGCCUGCGUCCCCAGGGCUCUAUCAGGGAGUUCCCCUCCAAUAUCAAAGUUCUCCUGAGCUCAGUGAGAUGAGCAGAGGGGUUUCCUCCAGCUGGCCCAAAUCAUCCGUCAACUUCCAGGUAGCUAGACCCAGGUUUUCAGCGUCCCAAACUGGGAUGCAGGCACAUAUUUGGAGACCAGGAUCUGGUCACCAAUGAAAAGGUUUUUUCUGUUCGUUUUAAUAUCUUCAAUUUUGUAAGUGAGAUUAGUUUCCGCUCACUGCUAAUUGUGCUCUGGCUUGCAAACUUAGGUUUGCUCCUGUGCAGUGUGCAAAAUGGCCAUAGACACAGUUGUUUAAGCUAAAUACUUGUCUUUGUGGUUCCGUUCUUCUGUUUAAACCUAAUUCCUAUAAAUUAGGUCACUGAAGACAAACUGGAGACAAACUGCCUUUCUUCCUAAACCCCAAUCCCUCUGGGUUUUUUUGGGGAGGAGGUUGAAAUUCUUUAACAGGAUUAAACAGGGGUUUUUUGUUUUGUUUUGUGUUUUGGAGCAAGAAAAUAAAAUAGUGAAGGUAGAUAGCUUUUUCAUUGACAUGGCAGAUGAAUGAGACUCAUCUUAAGCAACAGGAAGCAGCUCAAACAUCAUGAAUAAAUUUUAGCUCUGGAGACCUGACAGCCUGCCUUCAUCUAAACCCAAAGGUGGACAAAGAAAUAAAAUUGCCAAAAGUGGGGUUUGGGUUUUUUUCCUUUAUAGGGAAGCAUUCCCUCAUUGUCCCCACAUUUUGCCCUUGGAUUAGCAUUCUGAGACAAAUAGGGGACUCCAGUCUGCUUUGCAAUUUGUAUGUAUGUAUGUAUGUAUGUAUGUAUGUAUGUAUGUAUGUAUGUAUGUAUGUAUGUGUGCCUCUGGAUCAGUCUUGACUUCUGGCAGCUGCCUGGACAAGAUUUUGUUUUUUUGCAAAGCUUUUCAAAAGUGGCUUACUAUAUUACCUGUUUCUUAGGGCUGAGAAAGAGGGACUGGCCCAAGAUCACCUGGCUUCAGGCCUAAAGCAGGAUUAGAACACAAGUCCAUGCUGCGUUAUAAUUCUGUUGCCAAUAUUUGUGGCUAAUAUGUUUGACUGAGACCCAAAUUCAAGAUCCUACUUAACUCUAGACCUCCCUGGGUCAGUCAUUAUUUCUCAGGUUUCUUAAAGAGCUAAAGGAGUGAGGAAAUUACAGGCAAAACAUCAUGUGUUCUGUCAUGAACUUGUAGAAGAAAGGAAGGCAAAAAUGCACACAUGUAUGUAUAAAUAAAGCAGAAGAUUUGAAAGGCACUGGUUCACAUAAAUGUAUCUACAACCUCAGCCUGGAAUUACUAAAUGGGACAGGAGCCAAAGACUAAAUCUUUCCUUCUCAGGAAAGAUUCCUGGUCUUUUAGGACCAGGAAGGCAGACUGAAAAGGCUGGGAAUAAAAAAGGCAUAGAAAUGACCUUCUAGGUAAAAGCAGCUGUGAUUUAAAUACAGCCAGAAGACCUUAGUCUUCUUACGACCCAUUUUUUUCCUAACUGCAAGAAAGAUAUAAAUGUAGGGAGAGUUUACUCAUCCGGUCUUUUCUUGGCAGCCAUUUUCCAUAAAUCAGAAAUAAUAUUUUCUGGAGGUUCCUGAGAAAAAAAAGAAGAGGUUGAGAGAAUUCACAGGAGCAAAACAUGAAGUGUUGACAAUUGAAUUUGCUAAAAUAAAAGAUGGCGUUCAUCUCUUAUUACGAGAGAGCAAGUAGAAGCGGGGGAGGGAAGUAGGAGCAAGUGUGUGAAAAUUCAUGCGGUAGGAUUUAAUCACUAAGCCAAAACAUCAGCAAGAGUCCUUAUAGGCUCUUGCAAUUUAAUUAAAGAUAACAAGCGAGGAGAAGUUAUUUUACAGCUACUUGAAAUCUUUAAAUGUGCCCAGGUAGUGGUGCUAGAAGCAAGAGGAUAUUAAUCUCACAAUUACUCUGCAUUCACUCAGUCCCUUGAAAUUUUGUGAUGGGGGUUGUAUUAGGAGUGCAGUGCAUAGGGGAAAACACUAAAAAUGUAAUCUGACCUGCAAUCACAUUUAGAUCCUUGAGAAUUUGAGGUCAAAUACACAAAACAUUCAGUCCAAUUUUGAAUUAGCCCAUUUACAGAAAAUUUACAUGAGCUAAAGUCAAAGGAUUGGAGUGUGCAAAUAGUGUAUUUUAUCUCCGAUGUCAGAAUCUUUCCUAGGCUGCAUGGCUUGACAUCAAUGUAAACUGCAGUUCUUGAACUGGCUGUCUGAAUAAUCUACCAGAAUUAUUUAUAUUAUUUUGACAGUUCUUGUUGCUAUGAAUGGGAAAAGAAUUACGUGUAACCUAGUUUAUCUGGAUCUUCAUUCAGUGGAUUUCAUACUUUAGGUACAACAGGUAACAUUUUAAUUCCAAUCUCUUCUUCAAAACCAAUUUUGCUUAAAAUUGCCCAGGCAAUUGUUGCAAUGUAUGCCAUUAAUGUAAUCAUAUAGGCCAGGGGUCUCCAACCUUGGUCCCUUUUAAGACUUGUGGACUUCAACUCCCAGAGUCCCUCAGCCAGCAAAGCUGGCUGAGUAACUCUGGGAGUUGAAUCCACAAGUCUUAAAGGGACCAAGGUUGGAGACCCCUGAUAUAGGCAACAUUUUUAUGCAUUUUGCAUCAAUUUAUACAUUUUGUGUGAUUACACAAAUCAUAAUGUAAAAAAUUUCAGUUAAUUCUUCAAACAAUGUAAAUUGGUGCUAAUGACAUGAAUUGGAUUUAAGGGAUAGUUGGAUUUAAUGGACUAUAAAUAAAUGGCUUUAUAGCUUUGUUUAUGGAACAUAUUAAACUGGAAAACAUGGUAUUUGAGCAUAUGCAAGCUGCCAUAUAACUUCGUCGCAGCCUUUUAGCCCUUACCACCCUGUCCAUGUUGGGUUUCCUAUUGGGACUUCUAACAAACAUGGCUACCAGUUCUGAUUUCUGCAAUUCUAAAUUAGGAUCAAUUUCAGGUUCCAGUGACACGGAGAUCCUGUGUUCAGAAAACUUGAAUAAAGAGCUAUAGGCAAUUAAGGACUUUGCAGUUUAGCCUAUCAUACAGAGACAAAGGCCCUGAAGAAAGCUGAAGAACUGUCAGUUUAGGAACACCUAAUGCAAUUGCAAAAUCCUUUGGGAUGUUUUUUUUAAUUUGAAUUUAUAUCCCGCCCUUCUCCGAAGACUCAGGGCGGCUUACAUUGUGUUAAGCAAUAGUCUUCAUCCAUUUGUAUAUUAUAUACAAAGUCAACUUUUAUUGCCCCCAACAAUCUGGGUCCUCAUUUUACCUACCUUAUAAAGGAUGGAAGGCUGAGUCAAACUUGGGCCUGGUGGGACUUGAACUUGCAGUAAUUGCAAGCAGCUGUGUUAAUAACAGACUGCUUAGUCUGUUGAGCCACCAGAGGAAAGAUUCUUUUUUUUAAAAUUUGCAUUUAUAUCCCGCCCUUCUCCGAAGACUCAGGGCGGCUUACACUAUGUUAGCAAUAGACUUCAUCCUAUUUGUAUAUUUAUAUACAAAGUCAACUUAUUGCCCCCAACAAUCUGGGUCCUCAUUUUACCUACCUUAUAAAGGAUGGAAGGUUGCAGUUAAGAAAGAAUCCUUGAUGAGGCACCAAAAAGCCACCUAGCGUUAAUACCAAAUAAUAUUUUCAGUGGGAAGGAGAAUUCUGGUAAGAUUUUAAAUAGGGAGAAUGAUGGAAUGAAUUCCAAAAGAAAUAGCAAUUAGCAUAGAUUAAUCAAGAAUUUGUAUUAUCCAAAUGGAGAUUAAAUGGAGGAAGCUUUGAGAUCCAGUUUCUAUAACCAAGUCCAAAUUUUAUAAUCCAACGUCGAGCAUUGCUGGGACUCAGUCAACUGGAACCUUUUGGAUCUCAUGGAGCAAAGUGUAACCAUUCACCUUUCAGAGCAGAUGUUGUGGGUCUCGAGAACUUUUCAGAACUGCUCAGAAAUACAGAUUUUCAGUACAAGUUCUAUUAAGAAAGUAAAGGAUCCUACCACGGGAAUAUAGGAGCUGAGCUAGCUAGCCCUCUCCUCCCUCACUAUUGAAUUUUCUGUUAACUGGAUAAUAGAUAUGAAGUUGUGGUAGGAAACACCGCCAAAAGACACACCAUCAUAAAAGCAGUCUUCAACUAAGCCACCGGGAGAGGGACAACUGCAGCUCUUCCGAUCGCUGCUUGAAGAAUGACUAAAAAGUGAAUUUUUUUACCUGGAAUGCAGAAAGACACUUUGGAUGAUCUUCGCAUCUUUCGGAUCAUCGCAUUGGCUUUCUCCACAACAAACUCGAAAGAAUGCUCUUUGCUAGAGUGUUGUUUGUGACCCGCUUCUCCUGCUUUUUCUGAAAAGUGACCAUUUCAUGUUGAAGAAAGGAACCUGCCAGCUGGAAGCUUUUCCCCCAACUGUGUGAGGCUGAACUUCUGAAGUAAUAAUAGAACUGACGCUGUCAUUCUAGUUUUUUUUUUCUUUCAUUUGAAACUGAAAGUCACUUUCCAAAUGCUUGUGCUGAGGAAUAAAUUUCUGAUAUGCACUUUAA